AUGGAUGCGUUAGUUUAGUUGCUAGUGAAACAGCUAAGGCCACCACCACUGUGUGGAGUGUGGCGCACUAAAAUAACCGACGUGUUGGAAUUUAAAAACUCAUUGUCUCAAGUUAGUUUAUUUAGUUAAUAUUAACCGUUCGCCUUUUCUUUAAACUAGAUCCAUUAGCAUGUUUACUGACGAAGCCUUGGAAUCCAUAAGUAUCCAGUCACUGUGGAGGAAAUCUCAGCGGCUGGAGCAGGAGUCGAGAGGCUGUCAGACCACAGAGGUGCACAGUGCUGAGACAGACACCCAGGCUGUGUCCACAACCAUCAGCUCCACCCAGACAGAGCCACAGGACCAGGCGACGGAGCUCCUCUGGAAAAACCACGAGUCAGAGCCACCUGGCCUGAAGGACUUUCUGCAGCGGGUUGAAGACGUGGUCAUCAGAGAGCUGGUCAGAAAUAGCAGGAGUCACGCCUUUGAUGGGUUUCAGGUGAACUGGGAUUACAGUCAGCUGGUUUCGUGCCUCCACUGCCUUCAACAUCCCACUGCUCAAGAGAGAGGGCUUCAUGCAACAAGUGUGUCUUGGAAUUGUACAGGUUCAGUCAUUGCCUGUGCAUAUGGUCGGGUUGAUGAUGGACACUGGAGCACUGAGAGGUCGUAUGUUUGUACGUGGAAUCUGUCUCGUCGAGGCUUCAGCCCCAAACAAGCUGAUCUGAUCAUAGAUGUUCACACUGCAGUCACUGCUCUGUGCUGCCACCCCAACCAGCCCACGCUCAUUGCAGGGGGUCUGUACAGUGGAGAGGUGGUGGUCUGGGACACCAGUCGCACUCAGGACCCUGUGCUGGCCCUAAGUGGGAUGUCAGCAGACAGCCACAGGGAGCCUGUUUAUCAGGUUGCCUGGGUACCCCUGGAGAAGAAAGGAGAGUUUAGGGUGCUGAGUGCCAGUUCAGAAGGACGGGUGCUGCUGUGGAUGGUGGACUUGGACCAGGGCAGGCUGGUCCUUAAUGCUGCAUACGUCUUGGUACAACAGCAGGUUCCCCACAGCAGUGUCAGCUUCAAGGCGCAAGGCAGCGGUACUGUGGGGGUAACCUCCCUGGCUCUGUCUCCCUGGGACUCUGAUACGUUCCUGGUGGGCUCUGAGGCUGGCCUGCUGCUCAGAUGCUCCUUCUCCUCCAAGACGCCAGCUGCUGCACCCUUCGAGGGCCAGAGUGUGCCUCCGAGAGCCCCAGCAGUCUUCUCGUUCAGGCCUUGCAGUGGCCCUGUCCACUCCAUACACUGCUCCCCUUUCCACAGGAACCUGUUUCUGAGUGCAGGGACUGACGGUCUGGUCCACCUCCACUCUCUGCUGCAGGCCAGCCCGCUGCUCUCUCUCAAGGUUUCAGACUCCUACACGUUUCAGGUGCAGUGGUCUCCAACCAGACCACUGGUGUUUGCUGCAGCCACAGGACAAGGUGAGGUGCAGAUUUUUGACCUGGGCCGUAGGUCACUGAGGCCAGCAACCACCAUCGAGCAGGGCGGUGCGGGUCAAGCUGCAACUUGUUUGGCCUUCAACUAUCAGAACCCUCAUCUCUUGGCAGUGGGAAGUACAAAUGGGACAGUUGGCAUUUGGCAGCUGAGCACUGACUUGACAGAGCAGAGUCCCAGAGAGAGCAGCCAGCUGGAGCAGAUAGCCAAUCAGGUGGCAGAAUGAGAGAUUACCUGGGCCAGAUGACCACCACUGCAUGUACUGUAUGUGAACUGUGUUUUGUUAAAGUGUGGAAGUGAAAUAAAACAAGAUAAGCACCAUUACCAGUUCUAACCAGUAGCGUUUAUUAAAGCACAUUGCGAUUGGUAAGAUGGCGUCACAACAUUAUUGUUAGGUUCUUAAAUUUUAUUGAAAGCACAAGCUAAAACAACCACAAUACUAUCAUGAGAA